GUAAAAGCGGCAAAAAACUUCAUGAAAUCAUUUUCCAAGGUCUUGAGUGGUGUUUUUUGUAUUAUUCUCAAUAAUAAAAACUUUAACGGUUUACCCAGCCGGUUUUCAUCCGUUCCUUCAUUCAGUCCGUUUCUAACUUUUGUAAAAGAAGCCCAAUUAUUGAAAAUGCCGCCAAAGAGAAAAGCUACCACUCAAAAAUCCAAGGAGAAUCCAGUAACAGUUCAGGAUAUUGAGCCAGAGGUUCCAGACGAUUUUGUGGACAAGAAGCCUCGUAAUAAAAGAGGAGCUGCAAAGAAAGAUGUGGUAGAGGAAGUUGCUUCUGCUGAACCUGAAGAAGUAGUGAAAAAGAAGAGCCCCAAAGGCUCUACCAAAACCAAAGAUGUGGUAGAGGAAGUUGUUCCUUCUGUGCCUGAAGUAGUGGAAAAGAAGAGCCGCAGAGCCGCCACCAAAACGAAAGAUGUAGUAGAGGAAGACGCUCUUUCUGUCCCUGAAGAAGUAGUGGUAAAGAAGAGCCGCAGAGGAGGUACUACUAAAACCAAAGCUGCAGUAAAAGAAUCAGCACAGGAAGAACCAAAAAAGUCUGCUAGAGGAAAAACAUUGCCAGCUAAAGCAGACAAUGAAGAAGAAGAAGAGAUUACUAUGGAGACCAAGAAAUCCUCAAGAUCCGCAAGAGGAAAGAAAAAGGAGGAGGAAUUAGAUGCUAACGGAACUGAACAAGAGAAAAAAAGAGCAACUCGUAAGAAGAAAGCAGAUCCAGAGCCUCUUAAUGAAGAACCAAAACUGAAAGGGAGAAAGAAGGCAACAAAAGAGAAAGAAGAAGAAAAGGUAGAAAAGCCUUCAAGUUCUGCCAAAACGACAAAGUCAACCGCUAUUAAAAAAAAGGUAACAAAAGAUGAUAAAAAGGCUGAGAAAGAAGAGAAGGUUCCUCUCAACAAGACCACCACCGACUGGGAUUCUAUUGAUUUCACUUGUUCGAAGCGAAAUGCUGAGGGAAUGUCCCACAAUUUGAUCAUCAGCUGUUGGAAUAUUGGGGGAUUAAAGAGCUGGGUGAAAAAAGACUGUUUGAAAUUCCUAGAAUAUGAAAAGCCAGACAUUCUGUGUAUCCAGGAAACAAGGUGCAGUGAAGAAAAAUUACCGGACGAAAUUAAGGAACUCAAACUUUAUAAACAGUAUUGGUGUCCAAGUGAAAAGGAUGGUUAUGCAGGGGUGGGAAUAUUAACCAUCAAGGAACCCAUAAGUGUGGCUUAUGGAAUUGAUGUACCAGAAUUAGAUGAGGACGGGCGGUGUAUAACUGCAGAAUUCAAAGAAUUUUAUCUUAUUUGUGUGUAUGUACCAAAUGCAGGUAAGAAAUUAAAAUUUUAUUGA